UUAUUCAUUAAUUCAUUGUUCAUUGAAAACGGAGCUAUGUUACAGAUUAUCGCUUUAAUUGUGACAUUUCAUCAAAUUAUUUUUCAUUCAAAUGCAUACGAAAACAUUGCCUUGAAUAAACCGUCCUGGCAAAGUAAGCAAUAUUUACGUUAUCGGGAUCACAGUAAAACCGAUGCAAGUAAUGGCGUGGACGGACUGAAAACGGACCUCUCACAUCAUGGAGGACAAUGCGUCAUAUCCGCUGAAAAUCGUCCCACUGCCACCUGGUGGGUGAAUCUGACAUCAAUUCUCAGUAUACAUCACAUAACAAUUUACUACAGGACGGAUAAUAUUAAGUGGGGUCCAAUUAAUGGAUAUACAGCACGAUUUCUAGGAUUUUACUUAUACGUAUCCAACACAACCUACAGAAAUGACGGUUACCUUUGCUUGCACGACACAAACUACACCAGGUCCACCAUUCCACCUGUUGUAAACAUAAGUUGUCCUGUACACGGGCAAUACGUCAUUUACUAUAAUGAAAGACUUCAAGGAGUGAAAUAUCCAGCUGACUACUCCUCCGAUGCAUACACCGAAGUGUGUGAAGUCGAGGUCUACGGAUGUCCAACGUCUGGAUAUUUUGGUCCUGAUUGUUCCCUUAGAUGUCAUACAAACUGCCAGGAAUAUUGUAACAUCGAGACUGGGGUUUGUUUAGGAUGCAAACCAGGCUAUGUUGGGCAAUAUUGUGACAAAGAAUGCAGUGGAAGACGUUAUGGACAAAAUUGUGAAGAGUUUUGUGGAGACUGUCUGAACUUUGAACAGUGCCAUCACGUUCAUGGAAAGUGUCAAAAUGGAUGUGAACGAGGUUAUCAGGGAACCAGAUGUACUGAAAUGUGUCCAAUUGGAUUCUAUGACAAAAACUGUGAGAGGAAAUGUAGCCCGAAUUGCCUCUACUCCAACAGAUGUGACUCCAAAUCCGGUGUAUGUCAGGGGGGUUGCAAAACGGGAUGGGAAGGUGUCCUUUGUGACAAAGACUGUAAUGAGAAGAAUGGAACGAACUGCAAUAUACGAUGUGGACACUGCCGAGGAGGAGCCGUGUGUAAUCAGAUUAAUGGAGUCUGUCCCAAUGGAUGUGCUGCGGGAUACAUGGGAGAAAGUUGUACAAGAGAAUGCGCCAGUGCUUGGUAUGGUUUGAAUUGUAAGCAGAAAUGUAGUGCAUAUUGUAACAAUACUGGAGUUUGUGAUCACGUGACUGGGUCCUGUAAAGGUGGUUGUAAAAGUGGAUGGCAAGGUGUGAAUUGUUUUGAAGAAGAGACAAACAUUACUGGUAAAAUCGAAUACGUUAAUUCAGCCAGCACCUGUGAUUCACCCCACGUGUUUAUAUCUCUGUUCUGUAUCAGUAUUGUGGGCAGUUUUCUGCUGGCUGGUAUAUAA